AAGGCUGCUUGUCCAUAUGUUAUUCAGUGCACUGCUCAAAUCCUUGCUAACAGAAGCAACCUGGGCAUGAGUGACAGGCUCACCGUCGCAGUCACCAGGCUUUUGUCUACAACUCAUUGGUGCUUUAUAGAUGCUCCUGCAGACUGUGAUCUGGACCCUAAAAAGGUGCUUUUUCCCGCCAAGACUGUCGAUUUGUUUAUACAACUCUUGAUUCCCUGUGCUCACAAUAUUCACGAGGAAGACCUUACAUUUAGCUUAAAGAGUGGCAUGCUCAUCUGGCAUUCGCUAUGGAAAAACGUUUGUCCAGAUAUUCCUUCUUUUAAAAGGCCAGUUUUUUUAGAAAAGUGCAAAUCCGCAUCACCAAGUUCAUCGAGUAAACGAGGGAUGCUAAAGUAUUUUGAUAUGGUAGUUUUGAAUAGCCUUUCGAAGAGUUUUUUAUGCGAGGAGAGUCUGUGCUGGUGUUUGAUUUACAUUUCGCAACUGCUUCAUAAUGAAUUUCAUGAUUAUCGAGAAUCAUUGUCGAAUACUCGCAACUUAAAAUAUGGUGGCAAAAAGAGUGUUGCUGUUAGAUAUAGCAUGCCCCUUCUACAAUCCCAAUCCGAUAAUAAACCCAGCUCUUCAAAACUGACAUCUCCUGAGAGUGAUAUCAAUGUAAAAGAAUUUCACAGAAAUAGUAGACAUUUUGAAGAACUUGAAACAGUCUUUUUGUCCGAUGAAUACGAGCAGUGGCUUAGAGAGGAUGGAAGACUACAUCAUUCCGCAGUGUUGGACCUUGUUUAUAAGAUUAGCAAAGGUGCUACGUUGAGACUUUGCGAAACCUUGUUGCUCACACUUCACAUCCUUCUGGAGCUUGGCGUAGUUAGCGAAAAGGAGGAGAUCAUUGGCGAUAUAGACGUGAAUCUUGAAACCACUGUUUACUGCUUAUUAGAUUUAAUAACAAUGAUUGGCUGUAAUAAAAAUGACUCGGGAAUGCGCGGCAGCAAGGGACAGGACCUGCGUGUCCUCUCGCACGAUAUGUUCAGUAAACUUGCAUCAACAUAUCCACAUCAGCUGAGUCUGUUGGUAGUUCUCUAUGUAAGAAACAAGUCUGUUGCUGAAGUUUUGAAUUUCUUGCAUUCGUUUACGGGUUUGUGCUUUGGUAAGUUUGAUAUCUCUCCGAUACAGAGCAGGAAGAAGGGAACUUUAGCUGAUAUCAAUGCCGCGCACCGCAGUCUGCAGAGCGAGGCGAGCAGUGACAGUGACACAUCGUAUGUGAAAGAAAAAAACGAAGAAAUUCUAAUGUCAUGGCUUGGCAUGCCUCUUCUCGAUAAAUUUAUGCUUGAAGAUAAGGCAUGCAAGGAGGAACAUCGACAUAAAAUUACGAAAUUGUUGUCAUACAUAAACAGCCAGCAUCCAAGAAUAAUGAGGAAAAUGGUGAUGAACGGGGUAUUAAAUUCCUUUUCAAAAUCAACGGACGGCAACAGUGUAGGAGAUGGUGCAGCAACAUUUGUUGAUGGCUCUGCUCGACACCGUCCUUCGGAAAGUGGUUCGCUUCAUUCAAAGGAAUCCAAGUCAAAAACGAAACUAUGGUCGAGGGCUAAUGCCACAGCUGACUCAAAGAUGCGCAAAAAGCUACCAUUGACAAGAGCUAGAGGCCUCACGAUUGAUGAUUUUGGUGAAAAUACGAUGGAUACUGCUGGGAGUCCAGAACUUGUGGCCAUCAACCAGCAGUCUUCAAAAAAAACGACCAGGCCCUCAAGAGAGUCAUCAAGCCUUUCCAAGACCUUUGCAAAUAACAACAAGUUUAAAAUCUUUAAAGGGACAAAACGCUCGAGGAUGGCGUCGGUUGUAUACAGUGCUGUUGAACCUGAAGAUUCGCCAGUGUUUGUUGACAAAGUGGCCGGUCCAAAGCUAAUCGAUUUAAGCGCUCUCUUGAAAGGAAUAAAGCAUUUCAGAUUCAUAAGUAGCUUUAUUGCACCUGGACAUGUUCCCGAGGCCGCUCUUAUUGCAGCAUUAAUGGACUUGAGAGCCCCUGUUUUGGCCAGGGCUGCAGUUCUUUUAGAAUGCUGCCAUUUGGUGCAUGCUUGUAAUAAAGGGACUGGAGAUGUCUUUUCGCGUCCAGAAUUUUCAACUAAAAAGGACAUGGCGAUGAUGUUUCACAAAUGGGCACUUGCAAUUGGCGGGAAGCUUGAAAGUAUCAUUGAAAUGGAGAAUGAAGCUCUUGGGGAACGAACGGGCGAUUCUUGCACAUUGGACAUGUCAGAAAGAAACUUUUUGCAUGAAGGUGAUUUGAGCACUGUGUCGACAUACUGUCCCUACGGAUUAAAACUUCUAGCGUGUCAGCUGCUUCUGGAAAUCACUGCGUUUCUCAGAGAUAGUUGCAGGGCCUAUGGAACUGAUAAGGAGAAUGCGACCUUCCCAAAAAACUGUGUAAAUGACAACAGAAAAGUGAGCUCUGCGUCGAUAGCUCACGCAAGGAGGUCAGUAGCUAGCCGGUCAUACAGGGCCCCUGUAAUUGCUGUAAGUGAUGAAACAGGGUCGACAGCUGGCGCCAAGCGGAAAACCAGUGGAUACAAUCGUUACGUUGUAGGCUCCAGCCCAAAGUACCAACGAAAAUUGUCUCGACGUUCUUCCAAAGUUUACUCUGCGAGACCGUUUAAAGAUCAUCAGCCUCUUACGUCAUCAUUUGACGAAGAUGAUGAAAUUCCAUCCGAGGCACAAGACCUUAGAUGGGUUUCUGCUGUUGUGAAGCUUGUUAAAUUCAUCCACACAAGAAUUACCGAAUUUAAGAUUGACAAUUGGGAACUGAGGUUCGAGAAAAGUUGGAAAAAUUUGAAGGAAAGUCUUGAUGUUUUGUAUAACUCAAAUUUGAAUGGUAUCACACCUUCUGGUAGAAGAAGUGCGGUUAUUGGAGAACUUUCGAUAUCUCCGGAGCAAGUUCACGACCAAUCAGAUGAUCUGAUUUUGAACUAUCUUCGUUACGAGGUUUCCGGGCUACACCAUGUCCCAUUCAGUAUGAUAUGCAAAGCUGCUUUGGUCAUAGACCAGUUGCAUUUCAUGGAAAUGAUACCUUGUGCAUGGCAUAUGCUGUUGCAUUCGGACAAACACCUGGUAUCAGCUGCAGCUGCUAUCGUGUUGAUGUCUGGUGCUCAAAUUGGCAGUUUUGUGACGUCAUUUAUCAAGAAAGAAAUGAGCCAGCCAGAUCCGACUGAUAGAGCCGAGGCAGUUUUCAGGUUCAGUGUCCUGUGGAAAUAUCGCUACAACGCGCUGAGCAAAAUGGAAAGGAAUGCAAUUUCUUCAUUGAAGAUACCUCCACCGAAAAUCGACUAUACGCUGCCGUCUCCACUCAUUGGCAGGGACCCACCUUUAACAGCAGAUUCACCUUGGGUAGCAGGCUCGCCUUUUCUUUGGGAGACAGACGAUUCUGAGAUUAGUCAAAGUGAGUGGUAUUAUGAUGAAGAAAAAAGGCUAGAGGCGAAAGAGAAGAGGAGGAAAAGUAAACUUACUAAGCUGAGGAAAAGGUUUCAUUUAAGAAAUGUUCCUCUCUCAACCGAAGCUGGCACUGAGGCGAAGGGGAAGGAAGAAGAAGACGAAGACGAAGAUACCUGGGCUCCUCCCAUUCAUGCUUAUAAUUCAGGCUUCGAAACAUCAGAGUUGUUUCCUCCUUCAAUUUGUGCUGUGGCUCUUGAUGUCAUACGUCUAAUGGAUGAUACUGCUUUGGCUUUGGAUGGCAAAUCAGUUGGAUGUGUAGCGUACCAAGUCGUGUGGAAUUGUCUCGUUGACGACCCUGAUCUCUUCUUUAGAUCGGUAUACGAGAAAAUAACAAAAAUAAACAAGCAGGAGGAAGUCUUACUUGUCUUAAGGAAAUUGAUUCAGCAGAUGCCAGUACUGCCGCCGGUUGCUGGAACUUACUUGUUCAAUAACUUGGUUGGGUUGAUAAUGUACUACAACCGAACGAACAAACCAGGCUGCCAAAAGAGGAUUUCUUCAGUUUUGCAUGUGUUAUGGCAGGUGGUGCCGAGUGUAUCGAAUUUGUUUUUAAAGGACAUGAAGCAAGUACUUAGAAAGGAGAACUGCGAGCAAGUUUUCAUGGUCACUGCAAAUGUUCCAGGAAUAAAGGAAAUUCGUGUGAUGUUUGAAAAGGGUAACGAAAAGUUUGAAGUGAACGAGGAUUCAACCUUCGCUUCGCUAGUCAACGACUGCAAAAAACGCUUUGAUUUGUUCGAUAAAUCCCUUGUUUUGAUUGACAAGUAUUCAGGUUGGUUGAUGGAAAGUUCGAGGCAAGUUCGAGAUUCAUUCGCAUUUAAACGAGGCUUUGCUGCCCCAGUCGUUAAACUUGAGAGAAUGGAUAGAGAGAGAUGCUACGAAGAAAGGCAAGCGCAGGCGAUUAUCAUGAAAAUGUCCGAAAUCAGUCGACUCAAUCUGUCUGGUGCAAUAUUAAAUGCCUUCCCAUAUCAGAAACACGAUGCUUUCCUUUUUCUGGCGUUGCUGAAGCAGAACGCGUUCCCGCGAAAAGCGAUCGAGUUUGAGUUUGAACUUUGUCAAGAGAAUGGCCUAGCAAAGGAAUUGCUAACCUUUGAUGUGGUAUUGAAAGAUACUUGGAUGAAGUUUAUCUGCACACUCCUUAUGCACUUGGAUGAGACGGCCACAGCUGCUGAUGAAAUUGAGAUUUUUUUGAGUGUUUUAAACGGUGCUUUGUUGUUACUCUGUGACAAUGUUGCCAUUUUAAGAUCCUGCUUGGGGUGCUUCAUCAACAUCAGCAGGCAUUUUGGACAAAUCUUUGCCGUCAGUGGAUAUGAGCAGAUUUUGCCGACUUUGUUAAAAGUUUACGCACAACACCAAGACAACACACUUGUGACUGAGGCUAUAGAGUUUGCAAUGGGCACAUUUCUUACCCUCCACCAAAGUCCUUUUUUGCUACAGCUCUUUGCAAGUGCAGCUCCCAUAUUGCAGUCAGAAGUUACUCAAGAAUUACUCACUUUCUGCCCAUUAGAACAGAUUCCAUCACGUGUGUUCUUCAAGCUACUCCUGUCUCUCGAUCGAAGGAUUGAGGAUACCAUCGGAGUUCUUGGUCUUGUUCGAGGCGAAAAACCAAUUCGUCCCUUCGACUCCGUGUGCAAAAUCGAAAACAUUGAAUUCAGUGUCAUUGACAUUGCUGUGCGACUCGCUGUCACUGUUAUUGCAUCAAGACCAGCAUCUUCCAGAGGAAUUCAGAUGCUUGUCGUCAUUUCGGCAGUCAUGCCACAUUAUCUGUGUCAUAUAAAAAUGCAGACCAGAUCAGCGACUCUUGUUGACGAAGAAAAUGAAGGGCAAGAAAUGAUGUUCAAGGAGAUUCGGCAGCUCAGGUUUCUCCUCAACUACUUAAAAGUCGUCAUUGAAAACUCUAAGCAUUUAGGCAGACCGUUCUCAAAGAAUUUUGACAGCAUGUGUGACAACCCUGAUGGAAUCUUUGACGACGAUUCACCACUAGCCAAGCCAAACGUCUUGUCCCUGUCUUGGUGGAGUUCAAUGCUUAGUAAUGUCAGGACAUGGUUCGGGCUCGGCACUGAUCACGCUUCACUUUCUGAUGACAUGGAUCGGAUUUCUGUUACUGACGAGCUACCAGUUUCAUCCGAAGAGCAAAUGGCUCUGAAGACAUUUUGCCUUCCGCGCAUGUCCUUGUUGUACUUGGUCUCUGAAUUCGUAACAAACGGUGCAACAAGGGUCAGGGAAAUAAAAGAAGUAAUACGAAGGCGGGUUGCUUUCCAGGAUAUUGUGGUCGACAAAUUGCAAGUAUUGAUUCUUACAGACAUCGUUUCAUCCUUGCUGUCACUAGCGCCUCGCAACCAGGACAUUUUGUCAAACAUUGGCUUUGAGAGGUUCAUGCUUCAAGCGAUCCCUGCAAUUAAAUGGACGGAUGACAAGAUACCAUUCCUCCUUCAGAUAGUCGACAAUAUGAACGAGAUCCUACGCAAGAGUCUGAUUCACACAGAACAGCUAGAUUCAGUUAACUGGAAUGCACUCGAGUUCUGCCUCAGAGGAAUAAAUAUUACAAUUUGGAGGCAAAGAGAGAUAUCUUCAGAACCACAAAUCAAAGAAUUAAUCGACCUGUGUGUACAAGUGAUUCUUUGUGACAGCACCAGUGAAGGCAUUCACUCCGUUUCUGUCUCUUUCACAACAAUGGCAGCGAAACUGGCUGCACGUCUCAUUCAAGCAAAUCCAAGUAUAUUCAGCCUGCCGGUUGUUUGUGGUGAUUAUUACUUGGAUGCGGAUCUUGAUCGCCUGGAGAAAUUUCUUAUCCAUUGGUUUCUUCCUCUCAGCAUCAGACUUGGCACAGGGCGAUAUGAUUACCCAAGCCUUUCGUCCCAAGACGUUGAAUUUGCUUUGUCGGUUAUUCUUUCAUAUCUGUCCCCAUUUGCAUCGGACUCAAACUUUGGUUCAAAGGUCAGUCUGGGAUCCCAGAAUUCCCUUGAUUUCGCUUACGACACAAGCGUUGCAGCAAUAAGAACUCGACAGAGAAGUCAGUCACUUCAUCUCUCACCCAGGACAUACAAAAUACUUUUUCUUGGUCUUAAAGUUAUGCUUGUUGCGUUUGAAGACUGCUUCGGUCCUUUCUGGAAAACAACAGCAGAAACAGUAGAAAAACUUAUGAAGGCCAAUAAAGAUGACUUAUCGAUGUGGGACUUUUUACAUUUCAUUGUGGAUAAUCGCUCUACACUUCUUGUUCAUCUGCUGCCAGUUAUUGCUGACAAGGUAAAGGAUGAGCAGAGCCUGUCGAAUGAAAUUCGAAGCCGUAUAACAAGGAUCGAACGUGACCUGUGGAAUCCACCGACAUGCCCCUGCAAAGGAGAUGUUUUGAAACACCUACUUGAUGAACUUGCCGACGUCACUCAUGCUAACGAAUCAGAGGAAGGAUUGCACAUGCUGUCCUCGCCUCCAGCAAGAGGGCGCGGUCGGUCAAGGACUAAGUCUACUUAUAAGAGGAGGUCAGAAACUCUGAUACAGUAUGACAAGAAAUGGGAAGAUUAUGAUAAGCCAGAUGAAUAUUCUCAAGAUCCGUUUCAAGAUGAUGUUGACAGUUUCAAAUCAGAGAAAGUAUUGUCAAGGAAGCGAUCUAGCAAAAAAGUCACUAUUGCUUCAAAACCAAUUGUUUUAGACGAAGCACCAGUGCGAAAACCAAGUGUUGGCGAUGAAGACAUAAGUCGAUCUAGCAGUAAGAAAAUUUUGAAAAGAAGACCGGUUUUGCGCAGGCAGUCUGCUGAGGAGGAGAUAGACGUGGAUACGGAAGCAAGCGUUAGCGAAGAAACAAGUGUAGACACUGGAGACAAGCAAGACAGUCAGCGAGCAAAAGUGCAUAAUUUUAAUCGACAGCGUUUUCAGCAUGUUAGGAAGAGAGAAGAUAGUAAAUCGUACAGCGCAAGGAAGAAAGACAAGUGGAAACGGGAUAAUAGUUAUCGUUAUAGGCAGAAGAUGCAACACCAAGUCUCUUUUAACGAAGAAGAGGAGAACGAAGGAGAGGAGAACGAUAGAGAGGAGAACGAAGGAGGGGAGCUGGAAGAAGCCGGGAAUGAUGGGGGUGUAAAGCAGGUGGGGUUUGAUGCAAAUAAUUCUGGUAAAGAAAACAGAGGCGUUUCCGGAAUAGAUACCGAUUUUGGUGUCGAAAAACACGUUGAAGAAACUGAACAAUGCUCGAAUAUAAAACUCGAUAUGACAAGUAAUGAUGACAUCCACCCAAAAGCGGACGGUCACUUCAUAAAUGACGUAAAAAUUGAAAUGUUUCCAAAUGUUUAUUGUAAUGCAAUCAUGGAGCUUAAUUCACCAUUAUUUGCAGAUGAAGCCUCGCAGUUUCCAUUUUCGCAAGAGACAGAACGACAAUCGACGCUGCAAAACAACAGCUCUUCAUCGGAUAGGGCUAUCUGCCACCACAGUUUUGGCAUGGAGGUUCACAGAGUCCAACAUGUAGAAGCCCUAAAUGCAAUAAAUCUUUUUCACAACGGUCACAUACCUUUAUCACCGUCUGCCUCUAGCGAUGCUCCUCUGAUUGACGACAGCUGUUCUAGCGAUGGUUUUGAAGAGCUGGGCACGAAUUUUUCCAGCGAGAGGGAUGUUUCAAGUUCAGAAGAUGAACUUAAUUCUGAAGGCAAAUCACAAAGUUGCUACUCGACUAUUAUGAACGGGAACACACAUUUGUCCCAUUUUCAAGGUGCAGAUAGCGUUGUUAAGGCGAAAGAUGUCUCCAACAUCUAGGGGUAUAUGCGGGUCUUAUGCUAAUGGAUUCGUCAAAAUAUAGAUUUGGUCAUCUGACUGUAAGCGACUGUAUUAUUUGGCGGUGAUGCCAUCUGGAGCCAACGAGCAGAUUACAGAGAAAGAAACCAGAUAGCGAAGAACCGAGUCAUCAGAACAGGGUUUGUGACGCAAGUUUAGAUUUCUGUAGCGACGGCUAAACAAUAUUAAGGAUCUGCAAUUCAGAAAAAUCUGCUUAGGCCAGUUGUGAAGAUUUAUAAUGAUAAUCUUUUGUAAGUUAAAGAACAAUAGGAUUUGUUAAAUAAAAUCGUAAUGAUGUUUAGCACAAUUUAAGGGUUUGACGUUAUGAUAGCUCUUCUUUUUGCGGUUGAGAUUCAUUUUAUAUUCUCAUUUUUUAAAGGAAUUGAAACAAGGACGAUAAAAGUAUUUGUAAGACGGGGGCGGGUUUCCCACGCUGUUGAGGGAGGGGUUGUGUUGUAUUGUAUUUAAUUAAAUUAUUUUCAUAUCAAGGAAUUAUGUAAAAGUUCAUAUCUCUUCUGCUAAAAAUGUUAUACUGUAAUUUAUUAUCAUAGUGGCUCAGUAACAGAUAAAGCAGUUUUACUGGUUGCAUCAGAAUUGCUUCGCGUCUCCUUAAAGAGCGAAUAUUUUUGACCCAACAAGGACCCUUAUGAUAUAUCCAGUAUUUUUUAGAUUUGCAAAAUUAUGCGUAAAUAUUCCUCAGAGAUUUGAAAAAAACCCACACUGUUACAUUUUGAAAGCUAGUAAUUCCUUAUUGUCUAGUAACUCCUUGUUGUCUAGAAAUUCAUAAUUGUCUGUUGGCCUGGAGUUCAUGUUUCGGUUUCAUAUAUACAAUCAUAAAAGUUUUAUAGGAACACAGCAGGCUAGUGUCAUUGUAUCCAUUCAUUUAACGUAACGAAAUUUGUCAAGGAAGUAAAUUCGUGCCAACAGGAAUUUUUUAUAAUAGCAGCGCGAUCUCUCAGACCAAACAUCGUUCUUUUGUCGCGUCCCUAGGGGUCUUUUACGGUUUAUAUGAUGAUUUUAGACUGUUUUGCCCCAGCUUACCCCUGCACCCAGCCGAUCCCUGCACCCAGCCGAUCCCUGCAUCCAACCAAUCCAUACACCCAGGUGGUCCCUGCACCCAGCCGAUCCCUGCAUCCAACCAAUCCAUACACCCAGGUGGUCCCUGCACCCAGCCGAUCCCUGCACCCAGCCAGUCCAUCCACCCAGCCGAUCCCUGCAUCCAACCAAUCCAUAAACCCAGGUGGUCCCUGCACCCAGCCGAUCCCUGCACCCAGCCGAUCCCUGCAUCCAAGCAAUCCUUACACCCAGAUGGUCCCUGCACCCAGCCGAUCCCUGCACCCAGCCGAUCCCUGCAUCCAACCAAUCCAUACACCCAGGUGGUCCCUGCACCCAGCCGAUCCCUGCACCCAGCCAGUCCCUCCACCCAGCCGAUCCCUGCAUCCAACCAAUCCAUACACCCAGGUGGUCCCUGCACCCAGCCGAUCCCUGCACCAAGCCAGUCCAUCCACUGAGGUGAUCCCUGCACCCAGCCGGUCCAUCCACUGAGGUGAUCCCUGCACCCAGCCGGUCCAUCCACCCAGGUGAUCCCUGCACCCAGCCGAUCCCUGCAUCUAGCUUAUCCCUGACCCAGCCGAUCCAUGCACCCAGGUGGUUUCUGCACCCAGCCGAUCCCUGCACCAAGCCAGUCCAUCCACUCAGUUGAUCCCUGCACCCAGCUGGUCCAUCCACCCAGGUGAUCCCUGCACCCAGCCGAUCCCUGCAUCCAGCUUAUCCCUGACCCAGCCGAUCCAUGCACCCAGGUGGUUUCUGCACCCAGCCGAUCCAUGCACCCAGCCAGUCCAUACAUCCAGCCAAUCCAUGCGCUUACUCGGUUGUCAGUGCUUCAAGCCCGGUUUUGAAGAUUUAAUCAACAUAUUGCACCAUUUGUUUAAAGCAUUCAAUUUUUAGUACUGUUUGUAACAAGAAUUAACUGUAUAUUUCAUGAAAUACAUUUGUAUAUCAAUGGUUAAGUUAGGAAUUGUUAUGUUAAUUAAUCUUUGAAUAUUGAAGGAAGAUGUCCAAGUUUUGUAUUUUGAAUUGAGUAAUUUUAUUAACAGUCACUUA